CAACCCAACCCAAUAGUUUUUCUUUGCUCUGAAUUCAUUCAAAAGCAUUCAUUGGUUUCAUAAUUUGUUGCUUGUCAGUGUUGUGGCCAAGAAGAUAUUUUUCCCUCAGCAUCAAUGAAAAACUCUUGGUUACUUAGUUAGCUGAGGAACUGCUGCAUUUGGAUUAUUGCUUGGUGUUGAGUUUCAGAAGUCAUGACUGCAAAUGGUGGAACAGGAACUGAGGAACAACAACAACAACAACACAAGAGGAAGAAGGUGUUUGAUUCUUUGCUCAAACCAAGUGUUCAAAAGUCACCAAGAUUGUGCACAACUAUUAGGGAAGGUUGGCCAGAAAUCUUGCAAAAUGAGUGUGUUAUUGGUAAUGAUGAUAACAACUUGAGUAGAUGUGUUGCUUCGUUAGCUGGAUCUGGACCUCCUAGUACUAGUUAUUGUUCCAUGACAGAUUCUGCUCACAUUGAUGAUGAUUUAACUGUUAGAACUCAUAAUAAGAACCCUAAUUUCUACCCUCAGAGGAAUCAGUUAGCUAUUGAGUCUAGGUAUAGUAACUUGAGUAGAGAAAUUGUGCAACAAGAUGAAGAGCAAAUACCAUUGAGACUAAGCAAAGGGGUUAAGGGAAUUGAAUCCGAAUUUCGCGGCCUGAAAUCAUCACUGAGAGUUUCUGCAAAUAGAAGCAAUGUGGACAAGAUCUUUACCUCAAGCAAUGGCCUUUUUAUUAAUGGAACUUCUCAGAAUACUUCAUCUGCAUAUAGUGUUUCUCAUUUGAUUGUGAAGCAAACCGUGAAGGGAAAGGGAGUUAUUUGCAAGGACUUCGACGGAAGAAUUGGUCCUGCCGGAGUAGUACUUAUGAGGCAGGAGGAGGAUGAGUCUCAUCAAUCUGAUAUGCCGAAACCAGAUGCGACAGAUAACAUGCCUUCCCUGCAAGUAACUGUGAAGUCUGGCACAGGUUCCUCGAAUGACGGGAUGAACUUGAGAGAGUGGCUUAGGCCACAAGGUCAUAAAAUCGAUAAAUCAGGGAGGCUACAAAUAUUCAAGCAGAUUCUGGAAUUGGUUGAUUUUGCACAUUCCCAAGGUGUUGUCAUGCUAAACUUAAGACCAUCUUGUUUCACUCUAUCACCUUCUUCGAGUAAAAUCAAGUACAUCGGUUCAUCUGGCCAACAGGAGUUGCAUAAAUUAUUGACUUGCAAUGUGAACAAAAAAAUGCCUCUAGAACAGGAUGCCGGUGCGAGCCAAAUCUUGAGAAUGAAGCAGCAAAAUUCCUAUGAAGAGACAAGAUCUCUUCGGCAGCAUCAUCAUUUCACUUCCAUUCAUGGAUGUAGGACUACAAUGGCGAAUCAAAUCGGAUCUACCGUAAAUGAGUCCACCAAAUUAGAAGAGAAGAAAUGUAUGUCUUUGACGCAAUUAGAAGAGAAAUGGUAUACUAGUCCAGAAGAGCUAGAUGGUGGGGUUUGCACAUUUUCUUCAAAUAUUUAUAGCCUUGGAAUUCUUCUAUUUGAGUUGCUGUGCAAUAUUGAGUCAUGGGAGUUGCAUUCAGCCGUGAUGUCAGAUCUAUGUCAUAGAAUCUUACCACCAAGAUUUCUAUCAGAAAAUCCAAAGGAAGCUGGCUUUUGUCUUUGGCAUCUUCAUCCUGAUCCGUCUUCUCGCCCCAAUACCAGGAUGAUUUUAGAGUCUCAGUUUAUAGUCGAAUCAGAGAAAUCAAAUUCUGCAGAUGAUGUUCUGCCGGUUGGAGUAUCAGAUGAUGAUGAAGCUGAAACACAGCAAUUACUACAUUUUCUAGUCUCACUUCAAGAAGAAAAGAAAAAACAGGAAUCGAAGUUGGUGGAAGAGCUAAGUUGGUUGGAUGAAGACAUUAAGUUGGUAGAAAGAAGUAAUUCACACGAGACAGAUUCGAUGUUUCCUUUGAAACAAGUGAACUAUCCUGAAUUGAUAGGAAGCAGUUAUCAUUUUCCAGAACAUGCCAUUUCAAGUACUAAUGAGGCAAGAUUCUUGAGUAACAUAAAUCAGCUAGAGAGUUCUUAUUUUUCAAUGAGAUGCCAAAUGCUACUCAAAGAGGCUUCAACCAUCGCAAACUAUGAUAAAGAUGUGAUUGAAAGUAGAGACAGAUUGCAUCAUACAGAGAAUGUUACUAAGGAGCCCAAUAGAAUUCAGAGUUCUGCUGGUUCUUUAGGAACCUUCUUUGAAGGUUUAUGCAAGUUUGCUCGUUACAGCAAGUUUGAAGAACGCGGCACAUUGAGAAACCGAGAUCUGCUUAGCUCUGCCAAUGUGAUAUGUGCUUUGAGUUUUGACCGCGACGAGGAUUACAUCGCAGCAGCCGGAGUUUCAAAGAAGAUCAAGGUUUUUGACUUGAGUAGUAUUAUGAGUGGUUCUGUUGACAUCCAGUACCCUGUAGUCGAGAUGUCGAAUAAAUCAAAGCUUAGCUGUGUGUGCUGGAACAGCUAUAUUAAAAAUCAUCUGGCUUCUACUGAUUAUGAUGGUGUUGUUCAGAUGUGGGAUGCAGGCACUGGUCAGCCAUUGUCUCAAUACAUGGAGCACCAAAAGAGAGCUUGGUCUGUUCAUUUUUCUCUGUCAGAUCCAAAAAUGUUUGCUAGUGGAAGUGAUGACUGCUCUGUCAAACUCUGGAAUAUCGGCGAGAGAAACUCUGUAGGAACCAUAUGGAACCCUGCCAAUGUAUGCUGUGUACAGUUCUCCAGUUUCUCAACACACCUUUUGUUCUUUGGUUCAGCUGAUUACAAGGUCUACGGCUACGAUCUUCGCCACACUCGAGUCCCUUGGUGCACCUUAGGUGGUCAUGGAAAAGCUGUUAGCUAUGUAAAAUCUGUAGAUGCUGAAACAGUUGUUUCUGCUUCCACUGACAACUCUUUGAAGCUAUGGGACCUGAAGAAAGCAAGUUCUUCUGGUUUGUCAUCUGAUGCUUGUGCCUUAACCUUCAAAGGUCAUAGUAAUGAAAAGAAUUUUGUAGGUUUAUCUGUUUCAGAUGGAUAUAUUGCAUGCGGUUCGGAAACUAAUGAGGUAUAUUGUUAUCACAAGUCACUGCCAUUGCCAAUCACUUCUCAUAAAUUCGAAUCUAUCGAUCCGGUUUCUGGUCAUUCGACUAGUGAUGACAAUAAUGGACAGUUUGUUUCUAGUGUCUGCUGGAAAAAGAAGUCCAAUAUGCUUGUUGCCGCCAAUUCGAUCGGAAUUGUGAAACUGCUACAGAUGGUUUGACAGUGGGAAAGUAUACAUUGGUUAACAAUGAAAUCGGAAAAGCAGUUCGGUUUCAGCAUUCGCAAUAUUUCGGAUUAAACUUUAUUCUUCAAUUAUUAACAAGGGAGUAAAGCUUGAAUGGGAUCUCUGAGUUUGUCCAAUGGCAUUGACUCAAAGAAGCUAUUUCUUGAUGAACAAGAAAUUUAUGAAGCAUGUCCAAAAUAUAUGAUUUUUGAAUUGAAGAAUCAGUGAAGUUGGAGCCUUGUAACUCUCUUAGAAGAUUCACUUGACUACUAUGUUUUCUUUGAUUUGUCGCGGCUCUCAAAUCGACAAGGUAGCUGCACCAGACUUGAAGAUUGUUGUCCUUCAAAAUUCAUUGAAUUUGCUCCUUCCCCCAAGUUUCUCCAUGGAUGAGUGGAGACUGCAGUCUGUUAAGGAAGUGAGGAAAAUAUAUUACUGAAAUUGCAGAUUUGGAUGCACCCCAGAUAUUAUUCACUAAUUUCCAUGACUUUCCAAAUGAAAUUGUAAUUUAUCAAAAGAAUACCAUAUAUGCUUUUGAAUUACUUGCAAAGAAAGCUAACUGUAGUUGAUACAGGGAAAAAAUAUAUAUUACUGUACACCAUCAUUCAAAAUUAUGCAGAAGUUGCAUGCUUUUCACCUUUUUCA